AUGGGAAGAUCAAGUCUUGAAGGUUCUGUGACAGAAGCAACAACAGGAUCCGCAGACAAGGUUACAGAAGUGCAAAGAACUGAUCUGGUUGGAGAAUUUGUGGGGCAAACAGGACCAAAGACCAGGAGAAAGAUAAAAGAAGCAGAAGGAGGAAUUCUUUUUGUGGAUGAAGCCUAUCGGUUGAUACCCUUGCAAAAAACUGAUGACAAGGACUAUGGDUUGGAGGCUUUAGAGGAGAUCAUGUCUAUGAUGGAUAGUGGAAAAGUUGUUGUUAUAUUUGCUGGCUACAGUGAGCCAAUGAAAYGUGUAAUCUCCUCUAAUGAAGGCUUCUGUAGAAGGGUGACCAAGUUCUUCUACUUUCGUGACUUCAGCUCUGAAGAACUAGCUCAGAUCCUUCAUCUUAAAAUGAAAAAUCAAGCAGAGGAGAGCCCACUUUAUGGUUUCAAAUUACAUCAAUCAU